UGCAUCUGAGGCGCGCACCUCCCGCCGGCCACUCCCUCCGCCUCGCGCCUGCAGCUGCGGCGGCCCGCAGCCCCGGCCGCGCACGCGCACUGGCCCACCCCACGCUGCCCGGCCGCGGGGCGCCUCGCGCUCCGUCUCGCGCGCCGCAGUCACUGCAGUAGCGGCAUUUUGCUGGGGCGCACGCGCACUGCGCCCUCCGCCGCGGCCGUUCCCAGCGCCAGGCCGCGACGGCGGCAGGGACCCCUCGGGGGUGCACGCGCCCCCGCCUCUCACCCUACUCCGCGCCGGCUGUGCCCCCCGCGGCGCGCUCCCAGGGGCCGUUAUCCUGCAACGGUCCCGGCGCCACGCACGCGCAGUAGCGAGGGGGGCGCGCGCGAGGGAGCGGUGGCCGCAGGAAAGAGGUGCCGCCGCCGCCGCCAUUGCGAAGGAGGGAGGGAAGGAGCGAGCGAGCGAGGCCGGUCCGCCCUCCCCCUGGUUCCCGCCCCUCCCCCUUCCCCUCCCCGCCCCCCCGGCCCCGAGGGAGAGCCGCGCCGCGGCGGGAGCUGCAGGAGGCGGAGGAGGGAGUCCGCGAGGGAGGGUCCGCCCGGCCCCCCGCCGCCGGAGCCGCCGCCGCCGCCGGAGCCGCCGCUAGACGAGGAGCAGCAGCAGAACAUGGCGCCGGGGCCGCCGUCGACACAGCCGGGAUCCCGGAGGCCGGGGACGCGCUGAGGGCGCCCCGCUGGAAGAAAUGUUGGCUAUUUGGCGAUGAAAAGUGGCAAAAACUGACCUUGUACUGGUACACAAGCACUACAAGACCUGACACUGCUGCAUGGACAGCCAGCCCCUGCUGAUAAUGUUGGGAAGCCAUCGGGUCCACUGGAAAACACUAAUCUGAUCUCGGAAGUGGCUGAUUGUGGCAGGAUGUGUCGACGAUGAUGAUGGCAAGAAAGCAAGAUGUCCGCAUUCCCACCUACAACAUCAGUGUGGUGGGAUUGUCUGGGACCGAGAAGGAGAAGGGCCAGUGCGGCAUUGGGAAGUCUUGUCUGUGCAACCGCUUCGUGCGCCCAAGUGCUGAUGAAUUUCACUUGGACCAUACCUCUGUCCUCAGCACCAGUGACUUUGGUGGGCGAGUGGUCAAUAAUGACCACUUUCUCUACUGGGGAGAAGUUAGCCGAUCCCUGGAGGAUUGCGUGGAAUGUAAGAUGCACAUUGUGGAGCAGACUGAAUUCAUUGAUGAUCAGACUUUUCAACCUCAUCGAAGCACGGCCCUACAGCCCUAUAUCAAGAGAGCUGCUGCGACCAAGCUCGCAUCUGCUGAGAAACUCAUGUACUUUUGCACUGACCAGCUGGGGCUGGAGCAGGACUUUGAGCAGAAACAAAUGUCAGAUGGAAAGCUGCUAAUUGAUGGUUUUCUUCUUGGUAUUGACGUUAGCAGGGGCAUGAAUAGGAACUUUGAUGACCAGCUCAAGUUUGUCUCCAAUCUCUACAAUCAGCUUGCAAAAACAAAAAAACCCAUAGUGGUGGUCCUGACUAAGUGUGACGAAGGCGUUGAGCGGUACAUUAGAGAUGCACAUACUUUUGCCUUAAGCAAAAAGAACCUCCAGGUUGUGGAAACCUCUGCAAGAUCCAACGUGAACGUGGACUUGGCUUUCAGCACCUUAGUGCAGCUCAUUGAUAAAAAUCGGGGAAAGACGAAAAUCAUUCCUUACUUUGAAGCUCUCAAGCAGCAGAGUCAGCAGAUAGCUACGGCAAAAGACAAAUAUGAGUGGCUGGUGAGUCGCAUUGUGAAAAACCACAAUGAGAACUGGCUAAGUGUCAGCCGAAAGAUGCAGGCCUCUCCUGAGUACCAGGACUAUGUCUACCUGGAAGGGACUCAGAAAGCCAGGAAGCUGUUUCUCCAGCACAUCCACCGCCUCAAGCACGAGCAUAUUGAGCGCAGAAGGAAGCUGUACCUGGCAGCCCUGCCAUUAGCUUUUGAAGCUCUUAUACCCAAUCUAGAUGAAAUAGACCACCUAAGCUGCAUAAAAGCCAAAAAGCUCUUGGAGACCAAGUCAGAAUUCUUGAAGUGGUUUGUUGUGCUUGAGGAGACCCCAUGGGAUGCCACCAGCCACAUUGACAACAUGGAGAAUGAGCGGAUUCCCUUUGAUUUAAUGGAUACGGGCCCCGCAGAGCAGCUGUAUGAGGCCCACUUAGAGAAACUACGGAACGAGAGGAAAAGAGCUGAGAUGAGAAGGGCAUUUAAAGAAAACCUAGAGACCUCGCCUUUCAUAACUCCUGGGAAACCUUGGGAAGAGGCCCGUAGUUUCAUCAUGAAUGAAGAUUUCUACCAGUGGCUGGAAGAAUCUGUAUACAUGGACAUCUAUGGGAAACACCAAAAGCAGAUUAUAGACAGAGCAAAGGAAGAGUUUCAGGAGCUGCUUGUAGAAUAUUCAGAAUUGUUCUAUGAGCUAGAGCUGGAUGCCAAGCCCAGCAAGGAGAAGAUGGGGGUCAUUCAGGAUGUUCUGGGGGAGGAACAGCGAUUUAAAGCAUUACAGAAGCUCCAAGCAGAGCGCGAUGCCCUUAUUCUGAAGCACAUUCAUUUUGUGUACCACCCAACAAAAGAAACGUGCCCUAGCUGCCCGGCUUGUGUGGAUGCUAAGAUUGAGCACUUGAUUAGUUCUUGGUUUAUCCGGCCAUCUGACCGGAAUCAGAAAAAUUCACUUUCUGACCCCAACAUUGAUAGAAUCAACUUGGUUAUCUUGGGCAAAGAUGGUCUUGCCCGAGAGUUGGCCAAUGAGAUUCGAGCUCUUUGUACAAAUGAUGACAAGUAUGUGAUAGAUGGUAAAAUGUAUGAGCUUUCCCUGAGGCCAAUAGAAGGCAAUGUCAGGCUUCCUGUGAACUCUUUCCAAACGCCAACAUUUCAGCCCCACGGAUGUCUCUGCCUUUACAAUUCAAAGGAAUCUCUGUCCUAUGUGGUGGAGAGUAUAGAGAAGAGUAGAGAGUCCACACUUGGUAGGCGAGAUAAUCAUUUAGUCCAUCUCCCACUGACACUGAUUUUGGUUAACAAGAGAGGAGACACCAGUGGGGAGACCCUGCAUAGCUUAAUACAACAAGGUCAGCAGAUUGCUAGCAAACUUCAGUGUGUCUUUGUGGACCCUGCUUCUGCUGGCAUUAGUUACGGACGCAACAUUAACGAAAAGCACAUCAGUCAAGUUUUGAAAGGACUCCUGGACUCUAAGCGUAACUUAAACCUGGUCAGUUCUACUGCUAGCAUCAAAGAUCUGGCUGAUGUUGACCUGCGAAUUGUCAUGUGUUUGAUGUGUGGAGAUCCUUUUAGUGCAGACGACAUACUCUUGCCUGUCCUUCAGUCCCAAACCUGUAAGUCUUCCCAUUGUGGGAGCAACAACUCUGUUUUACUUGAACUACCAAUCGGACUACACAAGAAGCGCAUUGAACUGUCUAUUCUUUCAUACCAUUCCUCGUUUAGCAUCAGGAAAAGCCGUUUAGUCCAUGGGUACAUUGUUUUUUAUUCAGCCAAACGUAAGGCCUCCCUGGCUAUGCUACGUGCCUUUCUUUGUGAAGUGCAGGACAUUAUCCCCAUCCAGCUGGUCGCACUCACUGAUGGCGCUAUAGAUGUCCUGGACAACGACUUAAGUCGGGAACAGCUGACUGAGGGGGAGGAGAUUGCUCAAGAAAUUGAUGGCAGAUUCACAAGCAUUCCCUGUAGCCAGCCCCAGCAUAAACUUGAGCUCUUCCACCCGUUUUUUAAAGAUGUGGUGGAGAAAAAGAACAUCAUUGAGGCUACUCAUAUGUACGAUAACGCUGCCGAGGCCUGUAGCACCACAGAGGAGGUGUUUAACUCUCCUCGGGCGGGCUCUCCACUCUGCAACUCAAACCUGCAGGAUUCAGAAGAGGAUAUCGAGCCCCCUUCCUACAGCCUAUUUCGAGAAGACACAUCACUGCCCUCCCUGUCCAAAGAUCAUUCUAAGUUCUCUAUGGAACUGGAGGGAAAUGAUGGGCUGUCUUUAUUCAUGAGCAACUUUGAGAGUAAAACAACUUUGAACAACAAAGUACCUCCGCCAGUCAAACCAAAGCCUCCUGUCCAUUUUGAAAUUACAAAGGGGGAUCUGUCUUACUUAGAACAAGGCCAUAGAGAUGGACAGAGGAAGUCUAUGUCUUGUAGCACCUGGCUACCUCCAGAUGGGUUCGAUCCUUCUGAUUACGCCGAGCCCAUGGACGCCGUGGUCAAGCCAAGGAAUGAAGAAGAAAACAUAUACUCAGUGCCCCACGACAGCACCCAAGGCAAGAUCAUCACCAUUCGGAACAUCAACAAAGCCCAGUCUAACGGCAGUGGGAAUGGUUCUGAUAGUGAAAUGGACACUAGCUCUCUAGAGCGAGGCCGCAAAGUUUCCAUUGUGAGCAAGCCGGUGCUAUACAGGACAAGAUGCAGCCGCCUCGGGAGGUUUGCUAGUUAUCGAACCAGCUUCAGCGUGGGGAGCGAUGAUGAGCUGGGACCCAUCCGGAAGAAAGAGGAGGACCAGGCGUCCCAAGGUUAUAAAGGGGACAAUGCUGUCAUUCCAUAUGAAACAGAUGAAGAUCCAAGGAGGAGAAAUAUUCUUCGCAGUCUAAGAAGGAACACUAAGAAACCAAAGCCUAAACCCCGGCCAUCCAUCACAAAGGCAACCUGGGAGAGUAACUAUUUUGGGGUCCCCUUAACAACCGUCGUGACUCCCGAGAAGCCAAUUCCUGUUUUUAUUGAGAGAUGCAUUGAGUACAUUGAAGCCACAGGACUGAGCACUGAAGGCAUCUAUCGGGUCAGCGGGAACAAGUCAGAGAUGGAGAGUCUGCAGAGACAGUUUGAUCAAGACCACAACCUGGACUUGGCAGAGAAAGACUUCACAGUGAAUACCGUGGCUGGUGCCAUGAAGAGCUUUUUCUCAGAGCUGCCUGACCCCCUGGUCCCCUACAACAUGCAGAUUGAUCUGGUGGAGGCGCACAAAAUCAACGACCGCGAGCAAAAGCUGCAUGCCCUCAAGGAAGUCCUCAAGAAGUUUCCGAAGGAAAACCAUGAAGUCUUCAAAUACGUCAUCUCCCACCUAAACAAAGUCAGCCACAACAACAAGGUGAAUCUCAUGACCAGUGAGAACCUCUCCAUCUGCUUCUGGCCCACCUUGAUGAGGCCUGACUUCAGCACCAUGGACGCGCUCACGGCCACGCGGACCUAUCAGACAAUCAUCGAGCUCUUCAUCCAGCAGUGCCCUUUCUUCUUCUACAAUCGGCCCAUCAGCGAGCCUCCCGGCGCCACGCCCAGCUCCCCCUCUGCCGUGGCUUCCACCGUGCCCUUUCUCACCUCCACACCCAUCACCAGCCAGCCAUCACCCCCCCAGUCGCCUCCACCCACCCCCCAGUCCCCGAUGCAGCCACUGCUCCCCUCCCAGCUUCAAGCUGAGCACACGCUGUGAGUCACCAAGUUCUGGGGCAGAAGGAAACCGUCUUCUCUCCGGUGAGGUGGGCUUUGGCCUGUGCACACCAGGCCCGCUGGGCAGGGGUGGGCAGGGUGUCCCCUCUGCCCUGUCACCUUCCCAAAACCUCAGCGGUAGCACCAGCCAGCAGUCCACCAUAGGCUGGGCUGUCAGAUGCCCCAAGCCCAGCUCUCAGGCCUGGGGCUGGCUA